AGUUAAUAAAAAUUUUAUUAUAUCAUGAACUAAGAUUGAAUAAAAUUUAAGAAUUUUUGAGAAUGUUAUAGAAUUAUUUUAUAGUUCUUUGAUAUUAUCUGAUGUCGAUAAUGAACGAUUGGUGAACGAUUCGGCCUUACUUACUGAGAGACAAACAUAGAUUAUUUAACUUUAGUUAUAGUGAUAUAUUUUAUUUAAAAAUAAUUUUUUGCUAAUCAAUGUCAAAUCCUGUCAAAACUGUAAAAGUAAAUUAUUCAUAGAUUUUUGUGACUGCUUCGAUAAUGUCCUGUAUAAAAAAAGUAGCACAGUAAGGUCUAAUUAUAGUAACAUUUGGGAUUGGCACACAAUAUAAAACUAUUUUUGAGUGCAUGUUCGGAUCAGCUUGUCAAAAUAGACAUGAAAUCUUAUCAGCUGUUGGAUGUUUUCUUCUUAAAGAGUUAAAAUUAUAAAUAUGAACCGAAAUCGACCGAUCGGGAAAAAAUAUGUAAUUUAAAUUUAAAUAAGCAUUAAUAAAUAAUGUUAUGUCGUGCAAAGUUAUUAAAUAUAAAAUUCGAACAUUGACGAUGCAGAAAACCUUAAAAUUGUGAAAAAUUAUAUGAGUGUAUGAGAUGAUGCUUGAACUAUCAUGCUUGAAUAUUACUGAAGCAUUGUUUGCGCCAUUUUAAUGCAAUUUAUUGACCGGAUACACUAACUUGAUUACUCAUUCAAGUGUUUCGUGGACAAGAGCAGGGUUGUGCCGUUUCUUCUCUUUGCUUAAGGCUAUCAUUUAAAUCACAUAUAUUUUUUUGGUACGCGGUAGUCUAAUAUCUGGGAAAAAUGGCCGAAAUGGAUGAUCAUCAUUUUGAGACUGGCGAUUCUGGUGCUUCUCAAACAUAUCCGAUGCAAUGUUCGGCUUUACGCAAGAACGGAUUUGUUAUGUUGAAAGGACGACCGUGCAAAAUAGUUGAGAUGUCUACCUCUAAAACUGGCAAACAUGGUCAUGCUAAAGUCCACAUGGUUGGCAUUGAUAUUUUUACAAAUAAGAAAUAUGAAGAUAUCUGCCCCUCAACCCAUAACAUGGAUGUGCCACACGUCAAACGGGAGGAUUAUCAGUUGACUGAUAUAAGUGAUGACGGAUUCCUCACUCUGAUGUCAGAUAACGGAGAAAUACGUGAAGAUUUGAAGGUACCAGAGGGCGACCUUGGAAAUUCUUUAAGAUCGGACUUUGAUAAUGGAAAAGAUCUUUUAUGCACAGUCCUUAAAUCAUGUGGUGAAGAAUGUGUCAUCGCUCUCAAAACCAAUACUGCUUUGGACAAGUAAACAUCUCUGAAACGUCUGACUUUAUCUACCUGCAGAUUUCUGUUGAAUUUACGUAAAAAGUAAAUUAAAACAUACUAUAGUAGUGUAUAAACACUAUUAUAGCUAAGUUCAAUCAACUCAUUUAACUACAAUAACUUAAUAACUUCAAAAAAUAAUUUAUGAAGUAAUAAAAACAGAAAUUUGAAGAGUAUAGGAUGAAGAGUUGAGAAACAAAAAUAGAUUUUCGCCAAUAAAUUUUUUUUUUACAUUAAUACAUUUAUUUUUCAUUUUAUUAUCGAUUUAUUUUGAGGUGUAUUGUAAGACAUCAAAACUUGCUGCCCGUCUAAAAUGUGAUUACCAUAAAUAAAAUCUUUUACAUGCUGACCACUCCGUCAAUAGUAAAUCUUA